AUGACCGGAUUUCUCAAAGUAAGUGGCACCAAGAUCGUCGACCAGACAGGAACUCCAGUGGUUCUCACAGGCGCCGCUACCGGCGGUCACUUGAAUAUGGAAAACUUCAUUACCGGGUACCCAGGCCAUGAAACCGAACACAAAAAGGUGAUUCUUAGCAAAAUUGGCCAGGAGAAAUUCGACUAUUUUUUCGACAAGUUCUACGAGUACUUUUGGACCAAAGAGGAUGCCAAUGUCAAUGCCAAAGGAUUCGAACGGUUGGACCGCUUGGUCGACACCUGUGCAGCAAAUGGAAUUUACACAAUCUUGGACCUCCACACAGUACCUGGUGGCCAGUGCCAGCAGUGGUUUAGCGAUAGCCCCACCCAUUUCUCUUGGUUCUGGGACUUCAAGGUGUUCCAGGACGCGAUUGUGCACUUAUGGCUGCAAAUCGCACAUUACUAUAAGGACAACCAAUGGGUGGCCGGAUACAACCCGUUGAACGAGCCGGCGUCCAGUGACCACUCCAAGUUAGUCAGAUUCUACGAGAGAAUCGAAAAGGCCAUUCGAGGCGUCGACCCUCAUCAUGUUUUGUUCUUGGACGGAAACACGUAUGCGAUGGACUUCAGCCAGUUUCCUGACCAGCCGUUUUCGAACAGCGUAUAUGCCAUUCACGACUACACAUUGUACGGAUUCCCACGAGGACUUAUUGGAACCGGGUUUGUGGAACCUUACCAAGGGACAGAGGCACAAAAGGCUCAGUUGCAGAAACAAUACCAGCGCAAAGUCCAGUACAUGAAACAGCACGGGAUCCCCGUGUGGAACGGAGAGUUUGGCCCCGUAUAUGCCAGCAGCUUCCGUGGAGACGUUGACCCGGAAGCCACCAACCGCGUGCGGUACCAGGUAUUGAAGGACCAGUUGGAAGUGUACAAGCACGGAGACCCAUCUGGCGACGGCUCAGCCAUCAGCUGGUCAAUCUGGCUCUACAAGGACAUCGGUCUCCAGGGCCUCACAUACGUGUCGGAAGAUUCUAAAUGGUUUGAGGUAUUUGGAAAAUGGUUGCAAAAAAAGAAGAAGCUUGGUUUGGACGCUUGGGGCAACGAUAUCGAUCCGGAGUACCAGAAGUUGUACACGCGGUUAGGGGAACAUAUCAAAGCGAAUGUACCUGAAAAGUACCACCGGGUGAUGUAUCCGCCGAUUAUGGAUAUUGAUGGGUAUGUGAAUCGAGUCACGCGGGAGAUGUUAUUCUCCCAGUACUGUCAGCAUGAGUAUGCGGAUUUGUUUGUGGGGAUGGACUUUGACGAGUUGGACGAGUUGGCGGCAUCGUUCAAGUUGGAGAAUUGUGCUAGGCGGUGGGAGUUGGAGGAAGUGUUACGGGGGUACAGUGAAGAGAGUACGAAAUAGAGAAGUAUGUAGUGGGUGUAUGGGUCAGAGGCGAAUGGUGAGGAAUCAGAAUUAGGAUAUCUCAAACAGGCUCUGCACACUUCCCACGAAUAUUCGCCGCAGAUUCUCUGCCGUUGAAACACUCCGAAUAAUAUCUAGAUACUACGCCAAUCAAUAUAUAUCCGUCAGGCUGCUGAACCAGCUCCAUAUGACCUGACUG